AUGAGUGUGGUUGUGGUUGUACACGUGUUUCUCAUAGUAACUGCUACCGCAUUCAAGCACGGUAACUACGAUGCAGUGAGUUACGAUCGGCCUUUGGUUACUUCUACUACACCGUCUUUGUCACAUUUACGCAAUUGGUUUUCGAAAUUGCAGAAAUCUAGGAAAAAUGAAAGAGCGGAGAAAUUGUCGUUAUUGUCUACCGGACAGGUUACAGAGCAAGAGUCUCUGAGCUUACGGAUUCAAAAGCAACUGCUGACCAAUAAAAGUCUCAGAGAAACGGGCAAGCUGGAGAAUAGUUUGGCAAUUGGAAAUCCAUUCGAAGGAAAGCCGUACGUUGAUAGCUUUGUACGAAAGGUGGAUAUCGAUAAAAAAAAACGCGUGAACUUCGAUGGAAGAGGAGAAGGAUGGUGGAAGGAUCGAGGAGAUGACAAUAAUUUGGAAAAGUCUCGAAAUAGAAAUGAAGAUGAAUCGGAAGGUAGGUUGGAUUAUCUGAAGAGAGGAAAUUCGUCGGAGUUUAAUGCGAUUGGAAAUCGGAAAAGGCAAUUCGAAGGGAAGCGUAUUCGUGACAUAGCCGAAGAUGUUGGUAACGAUAGCGAAAGUUAUAUUUCGAUCUCGGAUAAAAGGAAUAUUAAACAAAGACGGUUAGUAAAUAGACGAAAUAUCGACGACGGAUAUUUCGAUGAUAGCGUCGAAGAGAACGAUUUUCCCAAAUUUCUUCGUCGGCUGAAGGAAAAGAUGAAUAGCGAGGAAUCGGGGCAGUUGAUAAGGACCAAUUACAGAGAAGGAAGAAGCCGCAAAUUGAACAGUCAACAACAAGGUACUCUGCUCGUCGAAGCUCUGAGGAAGAAACGAAAUUAUACCGGAGAUCAUCGAGGUCAUAAUAGCGAUCUGCAGAAUGGCUUAAUGGACAUGUUGGGUAGAAUGAUACCUCAAACGUGUACCUACAAAGGAGCGACAUUCGAUUGUGGCCUUAGUAUCAGUUGCGUUCUCGGAGGUGGUCGUCCAGUCGAUUUAUGUUCCGGAGGAUUGAUAUGGAGUUGUUGCGUCGAUGACGAUGACAUUCCUGAAAAAAUACCACGACCGACAAUCGGGUUGCUGCAGAACGCUACGCUUUCGUUAAACUUGGGAAAUCAACAUCCCUAUGUGGACGAUGAUGUGCAAAUCUACGACAACUUGGCAAGGCCAAGUAAACCGGCGUAUAGUGGUCAGCAUGAACAUGGAACGAGCUACCUGUAUACCGACAUCGCGCACAAACCAACAACCGUUUAUGAGUCUUCUCAGACAUGGGAUUACGAUCGACCUGUGUAUACGAGUCGUCCAUCGAUUUACCAUCCACACCAGCUUGAUUAUCCUCAGGAUGAAUAUGAUGCCGCUUAUCCCCAAAUUUUGGGGAUGCACACACCAAACGAGGACGUCUCAAAUUCGGUGGAUUAUUCCAAAUAUCGUGGUUGCGGUGAACUUUAUACGAGAAGCAAUAGAAUCGUGGGUGGGCAUAGUUCCAAUUUCGGUAGUCAUCCUUGGCAGGCUGCCAUUAUCAAGUCGGGAUUUUUAACAAAGAAGUUAUCAUGCGGCGGUGCUUUACUGAAUAACAGAUGGGUCGUUACUGCAGCGCAUUGCGUUGCAACAACACCGAAUGGUAAUCUAAAGGUACGUCUCGGUGAAUGGGACGUCAGGGAUGCAUCCGAACGACUGCUACACGAAGAAUUUAAUGUCGAAAGGAAGGAGGUUCAUCCGCAAUACUCGGCAACGGACUUCCGAAAUGAUGUGGCAUUGGUGAAACUUUCGAAAACAGUGGCGUUUAAACAACAUAUCGUACCUGUCUGUUUACCGGCGAAAAGUCUUAAGUUAUCUGGACGUACAGCCACGGUUGCCGGCUGGGGUAGAACUAGGCAUGGACAAAGUUCAGCGCCGUCUAUUCUUCAAGAGGUUGACGUCGAAGUAAUUCCAAACGAAAGAUGUCAACGUUGGUUUAGAGCAGCUGGAAGACGAGAAACCAUUCAUGACGUGUUUUUAUGCGCAGGUUAUAAGGAAGGUGGGAGAGAUUCCUGUCAGGGAGACUCGGGCGGUCCUUUAACUAUGUCCGUCGAAGGAAGACACGUACUAAUUGGUCUUGUGUCCUGGGGUAUAGGAUGCGGUCGAGAACAUUUGCCAGGUGUAUAUACCAAUAUUCAGAAAUUCGUGCCUUGGAUCGACAAGGUUAUGAGUUAA